CUGGGUGACGAUUUCUUCGCAUGGGGGAUAGCGUCGAGAAAUAGAAGUUCCGAGUAUCUUCAGAGCUUCACCUCGAAACCACAGUUCCGCAAAAUGGAGGACCCUCCGGCCAUCGCCCAUCCCGCCGAGGAGAGCACCGUCGUCAGUACACCACCGGUGACGAAUUCAGUCCCUCCUACCAGCACAACAAAUCACAAUAGAACAGAUCCCAAAGAAUCCCAACCAGACGGCGCCGACGGCACGCUCGAGAACAGCAGCAGCAGCGAUACGCUGACCAAGGGCUUAUCGACGAUUCUCUCGAACGUGAUAAGGGACUUCGAUUCGCAAGCUCGAACCACGCUCAGUAGCCAAGACCAGCUCAAUUCCUCCAUCGAUCGCCUCACCGGAGAGCUCGAUCGGUUGCUGGAAGACGCGCCAUUGCCGUUCAUAAUGCAGCACGCUGCGAAGAUUUCCUCCGUCCGAAAGAGAGUUUCGUCCCUGAACUCUCUGCUCAGAGCCAUACAGCGGCGCAUUGAUAACAUGGAUCGCGCGCUGUCUAUGGGAAUGCAGCAAGAGAAAACUGGCUCGGGGACUUCCUGA